AUGUCGACUCAUGGCGUGGAGCACGUGGGUCUGCCCACGAAAAUGGAAGCUAAGAAAUCCAAACAGGGUUGCUGCAACCCGGUCAAGAAAUCCGGACCCGUUUCCAUGGAUCAUGUUCUUCUCGCUCUCCGUGAAACCAGAGAGGAACGAGAUGUGCGAAUCCGGAGCCUAUUCAGUUUCUUCGAUUCUGAGAAUAUGGGCUACUUAGAUUGCGCACAGAUCGAGAAGGGGUUAAUCGCGCUUCAAAUCCCAAGUGGGUACAAAUACGCCAAGGAAUUGUUCAGGGUUUGUGAUGCGAAUCGUGACGGGCGCGUAGAUUAUCACGAGUUUCGUCGAUACAUGGACGAUAAGGAAGUCGAGUUGUACAGAAUUUUUCAAGCUAUUGAUGUUGAGCACAACGGUUGCAUUUCGCCUGAGGGACUCUGGGAUUCGCUCGUUAAGGCCGGCAUUGAGAUAAAUGAUGAGGAGCUCGCUCGCUUUGUGGAACACGUUGACAAGGACAAUGAUGGAAUCAUAAUGUUUGAAGAAUGGAGAGAUUUUCUUUUGUUGUACCCUCACGAAGCCACCAUUGAAAAUAUAUACCACCACUGGGAAAGAGUAUGUCUUGUAGAUAUUGGAGAACAGGCCGUUAUUCCACAAGGCAUCAGCAAACAUGUGAAGAGAAGCAACUAUUUUAUCGCAGGUGGCAUAGCCGGUGCAGCUUCUAGGACCGCGACUGCACCUCUUGAUCGCUUAAAAGUUCUUUUGCAAAUUCAGAAAACUGAUGCUAGAAUCAGAGAAGCUGUAAAGACGAUAUGGAAGCAGGGUGGGGUCCGGAGUUUUUUCAGAGGUAACGGAUUGAAUAUUGUUAAGGUAGCUCCAGAGAGUGCAAUCAAGUUCUAUGCAUAUGAGCUUUUCAAAAAUGCUAUUGGUGAGAACAUGGGUGAAGACAAAGCGGAUAUAGGCACAACCGCUAGACUAUUUGCUGGAGGUAUGGCGGGUGCAGUGGCUCAAGCCUCUAUAUACCCUUUAGAUCUUGUGAAAACUCGGUUGCAGACAUGCACUAGCCAAGCAGGGGUUGUUGUGCCCAAGCUUGGAACGCUAACUAAAGACAUAUUGGUUCAUGAGGGUCCACGCGCUUUUUACAAAGGUCUUUUUCCUUCUCUUCUUGGGAUUAUUCCUUAUGCGGGUAUCGACCUUGCUGCAUAUGAGAAAUUGAAGGACUUAUCCAGGACAUAUAUUCUUCAAGACACUGAACCAGGUCCGCUUGUGCAACUAGGAUGCGGAACAAUCUCAGGAGCUCUUGGAGCAACCUGUGUUUAUCCUUUGCAAGUUGUUAGAACAAGAAUGCAAGCAGAACGAACAAGGACCUCAAUGUCGGGAGUAUUCAGGAGGACAAUAAGCGAAGAAGGUUACAAAGCACUCUACAAAGGGCUUCUACCAAAUCUUCUAAAGGUUGUUCCUGCUGCAAGCAUUACGUAUAUGGUUUACGAAGCUAUGAAAAAGAGUCUAGAACUUGAUUAG